AUGAAGGUCACAUUCAAGGACUUGAAGCAACAAAAGUUUACGCUCGAUGUCGAGCCCACCGACCUGAUCUCUGCUGUAAAGCAGAAGAUUGCCGGCGAGAAGGGAUGGGAUCCCAAGGACCAGAAGCUUAUCUACUCUGGCAAGAUCCUGAAGGACGACGACACAGUCGAGUCUUACAAGAUUGAGGAGAAGGGCUUCGUCGUGUGCAUGGUGAACAAGGUUUGCACCCCGGAGACGCUACCCGGCUCGCGAAUGCUGACAACCAUACAGCCCAAGGCACCCAAGCCAGCCCCCGCCGAGUCCUCUUCUGCUCCCGCCGUCCCCGCGACUCCGGCCCAGCCCGUCGCCGCUACCCCGGCUGCCCCUCCCGCGCCGGCCGCUCACGCUGCUGCGCCCGCGGCCGCUCCCUCCACGCCGACGCCCGCUGCUCGCUCUACCGGUGGUGGUGACGCCGCCAGCAAUGACCCCUCGAUGGCCAUGGGUGCUCAGCGCCAGGAGGUGAUUGCGAACAUGGAGGCCAUGGGCUUCGAGCGUAGUCAGAUCGACGCUGCCAUGCGUGCCGCCUUCUACAACCCCGACCGCGCCGUCGAGUACCUGCUCAACGGUAUCCCCGAAGGCGUCCAACAAGAGCAGGCCCAGCGCCAGGCCGCUGCCGCUGCUCCGGCCGAACAACCCGCCGCCGCUGCCGCGGGCGGUGAGGAGGGCGUCAACCUCUUCGACCUCGCCGCUCAGCGUGGUGGCAGCGGUGGUGGUGCUGCUCGCGGCGCUGGUGGCAACCAACAGGCUGCGGCUGCUGCUGCGGCCGCCGCCGCUGCUCAGGGUGGCUUCGGCAACCUCGACUUCCUGAGAAACAACGCUCAGUUCCAGCAGCUGCGCCAGGUCGUGCAGCAACAGCCUCAGAUGCUCGAGCCUAUCCUCCAGCAGCUCGGCGCUGGCAACCCCCAGCUCGCGCAGCUGAUCGCCAACAACCCCGACCAGUUCUUGCAGCUCUUGGGCGAGGAGGUUGACGAUGACGUGCCUCUGCCUCCUGGCGCGCAGGCCAUCGCCGUCACCGAAGAGGAGCGAGAUGCUAUUGAGCGGUUAUGCCGUCUCGGCUUCGACCGCGACGCUGCCAUCCAGGCCUACUUCGCGUGUGAUAAGAACGAGGAGCUCGCGGCAAACUUUUUGUUUGACCAGCCCGACGACGAUGACCCGCCCCAGAACUAA